AUGGCGGCUUCCUCUAUAGUCUCUCCUCUACACACAUUGCUCGUAGAUUCUUUUACGUCCGCGCGUUAUGAGAAAGACCACCAAAUAAUGUCCUCUUUAUUCCAGUCUUCGAAGAGACCGAGUCAUUGGACGCGAGCAAAGAAGCUCAUUCCAAAACACAGCAAACUCCAAGGAGUGUGUGGAACUUUAACCAUUUUUGGUGAUAAUGCAUUAUCACCUUUUGGUUCAAAGACUGCUACAAGGCCUAAUAGGCUCAUGAAUUGUGAUGCUAAUUGUGGCAAAAAUGCGGAUGCUUCCGUGGGGUCUACAGAGGAAGAAGGAAAGAACUCUCAAACAAAGCAAAGGAAGGUCGUUGUGACAGGUUUGGGUGUGGUGAGCCCGAUCGGCCAUGGUCCGGAUGUCUUCUACAACAAUCUUCUUGAAGGUAUCAGCGGUAUAAGCGCGAUAGAGGCUUUUGAUUGUUCUCAAUUUCCCACGAGGAUCGGUGGAGAAAUCAAGUCUUUCUCGGCGGAUGGACUGGUCUCGCCAAAGGUUUCUAAGAGAGCAGACAAAUUCAUGCUUUACUUGCUCAGAGCAGGGAAGAAGGCAUUGAUAGAUGGUGGGAUUACAGAAGAAGUAAUGGGGGAACUAGACAAGAAGAGAUGUGGUGUCUUAAUUGGCUCGGCACUGGGAGGCAUGUCAGUGGCUACUGAAGCAAUAGAAGCACUUAGAGUUUCUUACAAGAAGAUGCAUCCCUUUGGUAUACCUUUCGCAACGUCCAAUAUGGGUUCAGCCAUACUAGCAAUUGACUUGGGAUGGAUGGGGCCAAACUACUCAAUAUCCACAGCUUGUGCAACAAGCAACUUUUGUAUACUGAACGCAGCCUACCAUAUUCUCAGGGGUGACGCGGAUGUAAUGCUUUGUGGUGGAUCUGAUGCGGGGAUUAUACCCAUAGCCUUGGGAGGUUUUAUGUCAUGCAGAGUACUUUCACAAAGGAAUGAGGAACCAACUAAAGCUUCACGCCCUUGGGAUAUCAAUCGCGACGGAUUUGUUGUGGGAGAAGGAGCUGGAGUUCUGCUCUUGGAAGAGCUAGAGCAUGCUAAGAAGAGAGGCGCCAAGAUCUAUGCAGAGUUUCUAGGGGGAAGCUUCACUUGUAAUACUGAUAUCUACACCGAGCCUCAUUCUGAUGGGACGGGCAUUGCUCUUUGCAUAGAAAAGGCCUUGGCUCUAUCUGGGGUAGCUCGAGAAGACGUAAACUAUAUAAACGCACACGCUGCUUCAACACCAAUUGCUGAUCUAAAAGAGUACCAAGCUAUAACCCGUUGUUUCGGCAAUAAUCCGAAUCUAAGAGUGAACUCUACAAAAUCCAUGAUUGGUCAUCUUCUUGGAGCCUCAGGAGCUGUAGAAGCCGUUGCAACGGUCAAGGCAAUACAAACUGGGUGGGUGCAUCCAAACAUCAAUCUUGAGAAUCCUGAUGAAGGCAUGGACAUGAAUGUUCUUGUGGGCACCAAGAAGGAGCGUUUGGACAUAAAGAUAGCAUUGUCUAACACAUUUGCAUUUGGCGGACAGAACUCCUCCAUUGUCUUUGCACCUUACAAGUGA